GCUCACCCCCUCGACGGCUCGACAUUUCCUCCCCGACCUGACCCGAUCCAACGCGGCCGGAGCCAAUUGCAACCAGCCGUCCGGCUAAUGCCGUAGACUAAUCGCGAUUAACGAAAAGAAAGGAAAAAGACUGAAAAUCCAACAGCAUCAGCAAAAACCCGCACCGGAAGACAGAAAACCACAAUACAAGGCACGCAACGAAUCCGGUCCGAAAUUCCCCAAAUCCCCACGCCGGCCGCGUCAUGCUCCGGCCAUUCCUCUCCCGUCACCGCUCUGCCGCCGCCGCCCGUGCCGCCACCGCAGCAGCCGCGGGCGCCGCGGUUAUGCGACCCGCGUCCUCCUCCCGCUCCUCUGCCGGUGGAGGCGGGGGCCACCACCACUAUCACAAUCACAGCGGCGGCCACAACGUCUCCGUCUCGCCGCCGACGUGUACGACGUGCAGGCACGCUCCAUCGUCGGCCACGCUCGAUCUCCUCAUCCUGCUGCUCGUGCUCUUCUCGCUCGCCUUCCUGCUCGCCUCCUCACUCUCGCACGUCGCGCGCUCGCUCUCCCCGCUGCUCGCCACGCCACCCGCCGUCGCCGCGCUCGCCCACGCCACCGCCGCGCUGCCCUACUUGGCCGCGGCGGCCGUGCUCGCCGCCACCGCGUUCCUUUCUUGCAGCCGGCUCCCGCGGCGCCGGUGCCGCAACCCGCGCUGCCGUGGCCUGCGGAAGGCGCUGGAGUUCGACGUCCAGUUGCAGACCGAGGAUGCCGUGCGCGCUUGUGCCGGGAGCACCGUUGGCGGCGCCGACGCAUCCAUGUGGCGCGAGAUCGAGGCGCUGCCGUGGAAGGGCGGCCAGGGCGGAAACAACCCAGACUACGAGUGCCUUCGCGCCGAGCUGCGCCGGAUGGCACCGCCAAACGGCCGAGCCGUGCUGCUCUUCCGCAGCCGGUGUGGUUGCCCUGUUGCUAAGCUUGAAGGAUGGGGCGCCCCCAAGACCAAGCGGCGCAACAAGAAAAAUGGAAUUAUUCUUCAGAGUUCAGAUGUAAUGGGCUGUUACCAGAAGUUAGGCAAUGAACCAAAUGAAUGCCAGAAGUUGUCAAAGCUACUAAGCCUAUUUGACAGAGAUAUGUCAUAGAGAUCUCACUAUCUUUCUGAGUAGGUGGGCAAUGUCAAUGAUGUUGUAAUCACCUGGUCUUUUGGUUGGUGUUUUUUCCUCAUGGAAUGGCCUUUUUAAUGAUAAUAAAAAAACUAUUUAUUUGACAUAAAUGUUUUUGUUUAAAGAGGUUUCCAACUUGCCAUUUCUUAUGACAAAUGACCUUUGGUGAUUUCUAAUGUGAUCAUAUUUUAUCUUUAUUAGCUGAUAUGAAACAUAAGGCUAACGGUCAGUACAGUCUUAAAGGCAUCUCGGGUGGUCCUUUACUUAAGCUCACUUGUAACAUAGAAAAUAAGCUCAUUUGAGGGGCUUGUGACUUGUAGAGCUGCUGCAACCUUGUGAAUUGUGAUUUUAUAUUUUGAUUAUGGUCUUAUGGUUAUGAAGUUAUAAGCAGUGUCUUUGAGGUGGGGUGAGUUAUCUGGAAGUGAUCAUUUUUUGGUACUGUACAUGAGAAAUUGAUGAGUCAUGAGAGUACCAUGGAAUUGUACUAUAUAGUUGUGGAUUAUGCCAAUAUCUUCAUUUCCGGGUUUAGAAAUUUCUGCACUGAGUACCAGGAAAUGCCAGUAUAGUGUGAUGUGGAUACCACUGAAUUGCUGGGUUUGAGGAUUUGACAUCAACACCUUGUCAUCUCAUCAAAAUCAAUUAUUGGAAGGCAUCCAUAGUUGUGUUUGCAAAGCCUCUUUGGUAUCAGUGAUGUGUGUGAUCUAUCCAACUGGGAAAUUUGAUUUGGCAUGACUAAACUGUCUCUGUGUACCAAUCACUUACCUGACAAGCACAAUAAAGCUUUGCUAUACCUGAUCUCAGCAAUCUCUUACAUUUUGUUCAUAGUGGUACAAUUUUAGCAUGUUCUUACUGUUGUUGAGCAAACCACAAGACUGAAAUCUUCUAGAUACCAAUAUGGAAACAUGGAUGCUUUAGUUACACAUGUAAACUGUGUGAGUUGUGGUUUUUAGUCUUGAAGAGACAUGGGGAAAUGAAAAUGAAGGGUAUGCACAAAAGUUGUGCUGUUUUCUGUUUUUAAACAGGUGGUUAAUGAUUUUGCAUAUAGUUUUCUGGAUGAUUGUACUGCUUGUUGGAUUUUUGUUGAGAUCGUUUGUAUUUCAUUUGCAUUUAAGUUGUCUUGGCAUAGAAUGGUUCUUAAUUUUUUUUCAUUGCCUUGAAAUGUCUAGCUAUUGGUUGAUGUUUGGGCUAAUUAAGAGAUGAACUGUUUACCUAUGAUUCAUUUCUAGAUGACUGAAGUACAAAGGGUAUUGCAUAAUACCUUGCCUUCUCUCUGUGUAGGCUUACUAUUUUGUUGGACAUGGAUUGAUCUUUUGACUAUUGUUUCCAAAUUGGCAUUUUGCUAAGGUUUUGAUUGUAAAAAUAUAUUUUUUGUUGGCUACUAAAAAAACUCGGUUGGUAGGGGAAAGACCGCCCCACGAUAUUAUAUUAAGAAGCUUAAUCAGAAUCCUGACCGAGAAAGGUUAGGAAAGUUACCCCCCAACCCUCUCCGUGUGAAGCAUGAGGGUUCGCUCCAUAUAUACCAGAUCCUUACUCGUGCUUUGAGUCCUCCUAGCCUCUACAUGAUGAUCCGCCCCAUAGGUCAGUCCAUCUCAUGUGCACACAAUCACAAGAAUCAACGAGUGACCUUUUUUAACCUCAGCAUGAAACUCGAUCCCAAAUUCGAACUCAGGACCUAACUACUUAGACCACCUAACUAACUCGGCUAAAGGCCCUUUCGCUUUUGUUGCCUACUAACAUACAUCUAAGUUUGUAGAUAUAUCAGUAUAUCACUUAGAAACGAUAUUUGUAUAUUUGUAAUUUAAUUUGCUUAUGUCUCAUGAUAUAUCCAUUUUUGUGUAAUGGUAAACAAAAUGAAUUUUGAAGACCAUUUCAAUCAUCAAUAUUAAAGGAACUAGUAAAAUAGAAUAAAUGUGAUAUAUCUUUGUGUCUUGAUCAUGCCCAAUAUUUCUUUGUUUUCGAAGCACUCUCGUUAGUAUUCAGUUAGGUUAUGGAGCUCUUGUGUGGCCAUAUUUUCUAAGCCUUGAGUUUGUUAGGUUUGACUCAAAAAGCACCCCUUUGAUUAGAAUGAAUGUCUUCCCAAGUCAACUUCUGUAACUCUGACCACACUCAUAGAAGAAUGCACCAGCUUCAAACAUAUCUUCAUAUCGCAUUUAUUUGGUACUGUAAAUUUUAAUAUAUAAUUCAAUUUCCUAUAAAUUUGGUCAUAGUUCAUAGCUAAUGCUAUUAUAUUGUACAAGUUUGAUGAUUUGUAACUAUGUUUCCGGAAAUUACUUUUUGCGCUUUUCCUCUUCUGCCAGAUAAAAAAUUAUAUCUGUAUUUUACCUUGUUACUCAUAUGCUAAAGUUAUACAGGAAAGAAGGAAAUCUCACGAGGGUUUUCUUUCUCUCUCAAAAUUGGCGAGUUCUUAUUUGGGAAAUUGGUCCCCAAAUAAUGCUUUACCUUUUCAGUAACGUUUUUAGAUGUAAUCACUUCUUGCCCUUUCCCUGCUGUUUUCUCGAUCUUGACAUACAUGUUACAAGUAUACAUGUAAUGUAAAUGCUCUUUUUUUCAUUUUUUGAAACUACUGAUGAUUUGUUUGUUUCUUGCUUUUGAAUUAUUUUUAUUGUUGCAGGGGCACGCAAGGUUCGUUCAAUGACCGAGGGGUGAGGUGAACACAAGUCUGAUCUCGCCAGUUGCAACAAUGUUGCUUUAGACUGCCAUGUUAAAUAAUUCUCCGAGCAAAAGAUACACCCAUUACAAUUUACAAGUGGGUUGCCCCAUGAUUGUAUUGUUAGACGGGAGUUCGGUGAACCCCAACAGUUAUACUGAUACAAAGACAAAAGACGUAAUAAAGGACAAUCAAAGCGUAAACAUUGGCGACGUGAUCAUGCUUCAAUCCCGUCCCCUUCUGUCUUUUCUUACAAUGGAAGCAGGAACUCGUGUGCUCAGGCAUUCUGUCGCU